UUUAGACCCUGUAUCCUAUCUGUAGCUGGGUUUAUGUCAGCAACUGUAUCCGGAAUACAAAUUGGAAUGCAAUGUCUGCUGGAAAAUGCCAGGAGAAUGAGUAUCGAAGAUUGGAUGGUUAUUCCUCUACAAUGGCAGGAAUCCCUAUAUACCCCUGGCCGGAAGCUAAGGAUAGGUUGGUAUGAUUAUGAUGGAUUUUUUCCCGCUACACCCGGCUGCAAGAGAGCUGUUAGGGAGGUUACUGAGAAGCUUGAGGAAGCAGGACAUCAUGUACAAGAGUGGAAAAAUAGAGACCACUCUGAGAUUGCUAAUGUGUUUAAUGAAAUCAUGUUGAGCGAUGGGGGAUACCAUAGUCUUGCAGCAUGGAAAGGAGAGAUUCUGGACCAAUCUAUAGAGAUGAAUGUUUUGAGAUUCAAGACCCCAUUAUUUCUUCAUGGUCUGGUUAGCUUCCUCUCAGGAUUAGUAUCACAGAAGCUAAAACUCCUAUGGGACGCUGGACCGAUUAAAACUAAAGAUCUAUGGCUUGUGAAUGGUAGCAAAGAUAGACUGAUAACAGAGUUUGUAUCUGACUGGAAUAAUCAUGAUUUUGAUAUCGUAAUUUGUCCUGGUUUCCCUUUUCCUGCUCCACCUCCCCAGUAUCCUUCUAGAAUACUCUCAGGUACCCACCUUCCAGUAUCCUUCAGGUAUCCACCUCCACAGUAUCCUCCUAGACUACUCUCAGGUACCCUCAUCCACAGUAUCCUCUUACUCCUAGACUACUCUCAGGUACCCACCUCCACAGUAUCCUUCUAA